AUGCAUGCAUCUCGCACACUAGCCCCUGUGGAGAAGAACUAUGGGCAAACAGAGAAAGAAGCUCUAGCCCUCGUGUUUGCCGUCAAGAAAUUUCACAGACUGUUUUACGGUCGCCACUUCACGUUGUUGACGGAUCACAAACCAUUGCUGUCAAUCUUCGGUUCGAAGAAGGGCAUUCCCGUCUACUCAGCCAGCCGACUUCAGCGAUGGGCAACCAUCCUUCUUGGCUACGAUUUUGACAUUCGCUACUGUCGUACUACAGACUUUGGUCAGGCUGACGCCCUUUCUCGCCUCCUCAGCAAUCAGCAGGAACCGGAGGAAGAUACCGUGAUUGUCGCUAUUUCGAUUGAGGACGAUGUGCGCCGUCAGUUAUCAGACGCCAUACGAGGUAUCCCUGCCACUGCCGCGGACAUCCGGCAUGCUACUGAACAGGAUCCUGUCCUCCGUCAGGCCAGCACCUCGUGCAGACCUGCUGGCCAACCACUGCUCUCGCUGGUGAUCUUCGUCAGCUCUUCCUCCGCCGAGCAUCGCUAUCUGUGGUUGACUCCUGCCUCAUGUUUGCCGAUCGUUUGGUGAUCCCAUCUUCCCUCCGACCCACUGUACUACGCCAGUUCCAUGCCGCUCAUCCUGGUACCAGCCGAAUGAAGUCAAUUGCUCGCAGUUUUGCCUACUGGCCGGGUAUCGACGGCAACAUCGACGACCUGGUUCGACGCUGUUCUCUAUGUCAGCAAGCUGCCAAGAUGCCGCCUCGUCAACCGCCAGUACACUGGGAACCACCGGAGAGGCCUUGGUCACGCGUGCAUAUCGACUUUGCUGGCCCACUUAACGCAGUCUCCUACCUAAUCUUGGUUGACGCCUACUCGAAGUGGCCCGAGAUUUCUCCGCUGAAUCCAGCAACCGCAUCUGCCACUAUCGCCUUCCUACGACGCAUCUUUAGCCAGCAUGACAUACCAGAAGUCCUGGUUUCAGAUAAUGGCUCUCAGUUUACCUCAUCGACGUCUGAAGAUUUCUGCCGCCAACACAACAUCCAGCAUUUUCGCUCCCCGCCCUACCAUCCUCAGUCUAACGGUCAGGCGGAGCGUUUUGUCGACACUUUUAAGGGAGCCCUUUUGAAAGCUCGUGUGGAGGGGACCACGGACGAGAUAGUCCAGGCGUUCCUGUUUUCCUACAGGACAACACCGAACCCGGCGUCCCCUGGUGGCGUUUCACCUGCCGAAGCGUUGAUGGGCCGAAAACUGCGUACAACAUUUCAUGCACUCGUCCCUACCGGUGCGCAGCCCGCGCAGACUUCUCCAGUCUCUCGCAGCAUGCUCUCCAUCGGAACAUCUGUCUUCGUCCGUGAUUAUCGAGCGGGGUUCCCAGACUGGAUUGAAGCAACCGUAGUAGCGCACAGAGACAGUAUGUUGUUUGACGUCGACGUUGGUGAUGACAUCUGGGUUCGCCACCACAACCAGAUCCGACGGCGACACUGCAAUAACACAACUGGGCUCGAGUCGGCGCCGUCACUCUCCCUUGACAUCCUACUGGAUACCUUCGCCAUUCCGGCAGAUCAGUCGGUUCCCGAACCCACUGCUGCGCCCCCUUCGGAUAUACCACCUUCGGUAUCAGUUACCGCUCCCGUAUCUCCAGGCAUUAAACAACGACUAAGACGCCGGACCAACCGCGUGCGCCGAUCAACACGGCUGAUGCAGGUCAACCCACGCCAGAAGCGGUACUGA